AUGCCAGAUCAACGAAAAUUUCUAUCACAUACUCCUUUCAGUGAACUUCUACGCGCUUCAGCACCAGCAUCGUAUGUUCAAACACGCAUUUGGCUUAAUGAUCACGUUCAAGACAAUCCCAGCAGCACUCAUACUGGCACUUGCAACAUGUCAUUUUCAUAUCAAAUAUCAUCUGGUGGUACAUUACAUAUCUCAAGAUUACGACGUGCACUCCAUUCUGUUGUUACGAAACAUGAGUCACUUCGUACAUCACUCUUUUUCGAUGUGGAGAAAAANGCUUCAGCACCAGCAUCGUAUGUUCAAACACGCAUCUGGCUUAAUGAUCACGUUCAAGACAAUCCCAGCAGCACUCAUACUGGCACUUGCAACAUGUCAUUUUCAUAUCAAAUAUCAUCUGGUGGUACAUUACAUAUCUCAAGAUUACGACGUGCACUCCAUUCUGUUGUUACGAAACAUGAGUCACUUCGUACAUCACUCUUUUUCGAUGUGGAGAAAAACAUACUGAUGCAACGAAUCAUUGAACCAGAUGAUAAUGACGAUGAUAAUAGCCGAUUAUUUACUCUUUCAGAAAGCUCAUUCAAAACCGAGGAUGAGCUAAACAAGAUCAUAUAUGAUGAACGAACUAACACCACUCAUUUUGAUCUUUCGGGAGCUCUUGUCUUUCGUUGUCAUGCUGCUCAUCGCAAGCAAUCUGUUUCUAGCGAUCAACUAUGUGAAGGCGAUGUACUCAUUUUUAGUUUUCAUCGUGCUCUUUUCGACGUUCCUUCCAUACAUAUCUUUCUUCAUGAUCUUAAUAAGGCAUAUGCGAUGGAACAAGUGUUCAGCGAAUGUUCUAACUGUCUACGAUACAUUGACUAUUCUGUCGCCGAACGGGACAUGCCCAUGAUUACCGCCAGUACGUUUUGGGCUCAAGCUCUUCAAGACUAUGAUAUUGAUCGACCAAUGCCAUUACCAUUCAUUGAACACCAUGCUAUCGAUGGACAUCGAACACGACGUCGAGUAUCCACCUCAUUUGACUUCGAUCAUGAUCUGUCACAAGCCAUUCUAACCUUCGCUUCAACCGAUGGCAUACAACUCCAAUGGUUAUAUCUCACUAUCUACUAUAUUUUCUUGUUCAAGAUGGCGAAUGGUGAGCAAGACUUGUGUGUUACUAUGAACACAGAUGGUCGAUAUCAAGAUGAAUUAAAAUCGAUUAUUGGCAUAUUUGGCAAUAUCAUUCCUCUGAGAUGCCGAAUAGAUCCUCGCAGCUCUUUUACAAGACUCGCAGAAGAUACUCUGUUGAUGACAACUCGCAGUUUUCACUAUUCUUAUUUUCCUUUCGAACGAAUUCUCGCCCAAUGUUCUAUCAAUGCGAACCCAACCUUUCUCAACACAUCAUUCACUUUUUAUUCACACACAACCCAUCAAAAGUAUGCCCAAGUAAAGCUUGAUGAUGUUUCCUUACAAGGAAUAUUUUCUCCGAACACGAUCCAUUCAAACAUGAAUAUGCACACAUCCGAUUUCUCACUCUCUCUUGAACAUGAUCUUACUAUUAAUAGAAUCUCCUUAACUGUCGACACAUCGGCCGAUCUGUUUAGUGUGGACAUUGUCGACAAAUUCGCUCAACGAUUCUUUCUUCUGUCCAAGUGUUUGUUUGGUACUGAUAUCGAUCGACCAGUCUGUGAGCUUUCAGUGGUUUUGCCCGAUGAAAUUACUCUUAUUCAAUCAUUUCGCAACACGGAGAUCGUUUUUCCACCAUUCGGCUGUGUACAUCACGAAUUUAGUCGUCAAAUAAUCACAAAUUCACAGAAAUUGGCCAUUGUACUCGAUAAACAGUCACUUACAUAUAGUGAGCUGUUGUUCCAUGCACAGCAUGUAGCUUUAUAUCUGGGACAGCGUCAAAAACAGAUAAUUUGUCAAUGCAUGGAGCGAAGCAUUGAAAUGAUUAUAGGUCAAAUGGCUAUUCUUUUUUCUGGUGCUGCCUACUGUGCCUUAUCACCUGAAGACCCUGUGGAGCGUCUUGCUGCGUUAGUGAAACAAGUUGGAAGUCAACACAUUCUCAUUCAUCCGUCUACAAGAAAUAAUAACAAUGCAUCACAAGAAACAAGUGUCGAUAUAGAUGGCGUCUUCCCUUGCACACAGCGACAUGAUCUUGCCUACAUCAUCUUCACUAGUGGUUCUACUGGCUCACCAAAACUGGUUCAAAUCACUCAUGAAAAUAUCGUCGCAUGCAUGCUCUCAUUUACACAUCAUCUUGAUGUUUUUACACAUCAUGAUAUAUUUGUUCAGUAUGCCCAAUGCUCAUUUGAUGUACAUAUCCAAGAGAGUUGGGGUACUCUGAUGAUUGGUGGUUCACUUGUUCUCCUACAUCCCAGUGGACAUUUGGAUCUAGAAUAUCUUUCGGCAGCCAUCUUUUGCCAUAAUGUAACAUACUUAGCCGGUGUGCCAUCACUGGCACUGCUGUUAUGCGAUUAUCUUGAAAAAACUGGUCAACGGGAGUUUCUCACUCGAAUAAAAGCUUUUGGAUUUUUAGGUAUGUACUUAAUAGCGGUCACAACUGAACGUAUAUGUCGUAGGCCAAUCGCGGAUUCAGGCCAACACAGGAUUGACCUAGUUCAAACUGAGAUCUUAGUUUGA